UUACGGUACUUCGCCGAUGGCGAAUAUGCCACAAAGAAGUCGAGACGAGUCAAGCUGUUGUCAUACAAUCGUUGCUAUAUGUGUACAAAACUAAACGUAUAGGCGAGGAAAUCAAUGUCUUUUUUAUUAUUAAAUAUAUGACAUACUCGCAAUAGACAUGACGGAAAUGUUUUCAACUCUGUAUGGUCAAAAUGAAGCUCAGGGACCUCCCGGAUCAUCGUCUCUGGGAUUCGGACCGGGAAAGCCUCUGCCGCCAAACCAAGUCACGAUGGCGGCUCAGAUGCCACCUCAGCACGGGGAUGAGGGGCCUGCUCUACGGAAGCCGGGAGCCAUGAACGAACCUUUUUAUUUACUGCGAGAACUACCAGUGGGCAAUGAGCUGACGGGCAACACCAACCUCAUCACCCAUUACAACCUGGAACACGCCUACAACAAGUUCUGUGGCAAGAAGGUCAAGGAGAAGCUCAGCAACUUCCUGCCAGAGUUACCAGGUAUGAUAGACUGUCCUGGUACCCAGGAUGGCAGUUCGUUGCGCUCUCUGAUAGAGAAGCCUCCAGUGUGUGGCAACUCCUUCAGCCCUCUGACCGGAGCCAGCCUCACCGGCUUCAGACUGCACACCGGACCUCUACCAGAGCAGUACAGACUGAUGCACAUCCAGCCCCCAAAGAAGAAGAGCAAAAACAAGCACAAACACCACCGACCACAGGAUCCCAUACCGCAAGAAACCCCCUCAGACUCUGACCCCAAGAAGAAGAAGAAAAAGAGGGAUGACGACCCCGACCGCAAGAAGAAAAAGAAGGACAAGAAAAAGAAGAAGAACCGCCACAGUCCGGACCACCCUGGCUUGGCUGGCUCUCAGCCCAACAGCAACAGCCUCCGAUAGACCAGGCAGACACCGUGUGUGUGAGAGGGAGGAGCAGCGUGUGAGUGUGUUUGAAGAGAAUUAGGAAAUGUUUGUGAGAAUGUAUGCAGAUACGAGAGAUUAUGCAUGUGAGAGAGGGAAAGAAAAAAUGUAUGUUUGUACAGGAUGUGAGUUCGUGAGAAAGGUCAAGUGUGUGGGUGGCAGAUUGGAUGUGAGCAUUGGAGAGUAAUGUUGUUACAGUAUGACAGACAUAAGGUCACUGUGAUGUUCUGACUGAGUGUAUAUGAUGAGUGUCCCUUUUUCAUUUGGUUGGGAUAUUCUCUAACCACACAUUAUAUUCCAAUAAACUUUGGUUAUUAUUGUU